AUGGCCAUGACGAAGAUCGAUAUCGACGCAAUCCUGAGGGAGUUGAUUAACACGCUCAAGCUUAUUGACGAAUUCACCGUCGACGAGGCAGACGAAGGGCAUCAUUUCGAAAAUCAAGAUGGUAUUGACAACGAGAACUAUCAAGAGCACAUCGACAAAAAAGAAGUCCCAGAGGAAAUGAGCGAAAAGAAAGACCCAGAAGUCGUGAAUACCCUUUUGGGUGAGAUGGUCGAAGCUGUCUGCGACGAAGUUACGUAG